GGGAGUUGUAGUUUCGACCUGAGCGAGGCGGCAUGGCGGCUUCCAUCGUAGGGGGUUGUGGGGCUGCCAUGGCCUUGGCACAGAGCUUCCGAGCCACCAGGGCGCUGUUCCCUGCACCUGCCUCUGUUGCCUGCGGGAUCCGCGCGGGGCCCGGCAGGCAGCAGAGCACUGGGCCUUCCCAGCCUGGCGAGUUCCGGCCGCCGCCGAAACCCGUCAUCGUGGACAAGCGCCGACCCCCGGAGCAGGAAAGGAGGUUCUUGAGUCCUGAAUUCAUUCCCCCAAGGGGAAGAACAAAUCCUCUGAAAUUUCAAAUAGAAAGAAGAGAUAUGUUAGAAAGGAGGAAAGUACUCCACAUUCCAGAGUUCUAUGUUGGAAGCAUACUACGUGUUACCACAGCUGACCCAUAUGCCAGUGGAAAAAUCAGCCAGUUUCUGGGGAUUUGCAUCCAGAGAUCAGGAAAAGGACUUGGGGCUACUUUUAUUCUUAGGAAUACUAUUGAAGGACAAGGUGUUGAGAUUUGUUUUGAACUGUAUAAUCCUCGAAUCCAUGAGAUCCAAGUGAUCAAAUUAGAGAAACGGCUGGAUGAUAGUUUGCUUUACUUACGAGAUGCCCUUCCUGAAUACAGCACUUUUGAUAUGAAUAUGAAGCCAGUAACACCAGAGUCUAGCAAAGAAAUUCCUGUUAAUACGAUGAAAGUAAAAAUGAAGCCUAAGCCUUGGUCCAAACGCUGGGAACGUCCAAAUUUUAAUAUUAAAGGAAUCAGAUUUGAUCUUUGUUUAACUGAAGAACAAAUGAAAGAAGCUCAGAAGUGGAGUCAACCAUGGCUUGAGUUUGAUAUGAUGAGGGAAUAUGAUACUUCAAAAAUCGAAGCUACAAUAUGGAAAGAAAUUGAAGCAUCAGAAAAGUCCUGAUUCUGAGAAAGCAUUUGGUUACUUGCUAAAGAUGUAUUGGUUGUCAGAGGAUUUAUUUUAAAUCCAAUUUAAUUUCAUUUAUAAUAAAUAGUCAUUAAAUUAACUAAGCAUUUAUUAUUUUAUUAGUACUUUAAAAAAUAAAAUUUGCACACCAGUUUAUUACUCUAAAAAGAGAAAGGUAUUUGUAAAAUGACCCUUUGUAAUGUAAAUGUUCCUUUCUUUACUGGAAACAAAGCUACAUUAGAAGUCAAGAGCAGUACCAGAAUGUUCUUUAGUUAGCAUGGAAGGGCAA